CAAACACACACCGGCGACUGCUGCAGCCUGAACAGCUCCGACAUCUGUCAAGAUAUUUUCUCACUCCCCACAGUCGGAUAUCAAAGAAAGCAGCAGAGUGAGGAAGAGGAGGAGGGAUCAUCAUGAAGAGAGCCAAGAAAGGUGGAGGUAAAGGUGGAGGGAAGACGGAGGAGGAGCGGCUGUUGUUGCUGCAGCAGAGAGCUCAGGCUGAGGAGGAGAUGACGAGGAAGAAGGAGGAGAUCCUCACACUGUUCCUGAAGGACAAGCUGCAGAAGGAGGAGAGGAACACGGCUGUGAACCUGCUGAAGAUCUGUGAAAGCUGGAGGUCGAUCCUCCGUCAGAGCCGAGCCGCCGAGGGGCACAGAGACUCUGUGGUGCACAGCCAGACCCAUGAGAGGCGGCUGGACCUGGUGGUCAGCGUCGUCGAGAAUCUGGAGCACGACCUGCAGCAGGCGGAGCGUCAGUUGGCUCAGGCGCGGCGUGUUCACCAGCAGCACCAGGAGCGUCUGGUGGCUCAGCACCACAAACAGCAGGAGUGUUUUGUGCAGCAGCAGUGGGACGACUGCCUGCAGCAUCUGAGCUCCAUGUUCAGCUCGGAGAGGGAGCAGAAAUCGUCUCUCUCUCAGCAGCUGGGAGAUAAACAGGAGCAUGUGAAGACCACUGUGAGGCAGCAGCACCAAACUGAGAUGAAUGAAAUCCUCAAACUGUUGGCUGAAAACACCCCAGCUGACAAGAGGACAGCUCUUGAAGAGGAGGAAGCUGAUAUGAUCCAGGAGAACACAGACAGGCCGGAGGAGGAGACCCCUCAGAACCAGGAAGCUGUGCAGCUCUGCAGCGUAGAAGCAGAGAAGCUCGGAAGAAGUCAACAGAAGAAGAAGCUGAAGGAAGACGUCGUCCGUCCGAGGGCGAGGCUGAACUCCAGUAUGAGAGAAAACGAGUUGGUGGAACAAGAUCUGAUGGCCGACAUCCGCCAGGUGAACAGGUGGACUCAUGAGCUCCGGGAUCGGCUGACUGAGGCUCGCGUGGCGGCCAGGAAACAGCUGACUGAGCUGACUGUCCAGAGCAACGAGGCUGCCAAGAAACUGCAGGCGGUCCUCGCCAAGGGUGGGAAGGUUUCACGAGUCGUCGCGAUGUGUCACAAGCUGGAGAAGAACGUCUUAGUAUCAUUACCACCUCCAGAGGAAGUGAGACAGGAGAGAAGUGGACUUGCGAUAGACGAACCUGUGCAGGAGAUAUCAGAGCUGCAGCAGGUGAUGAGGAGCAUCAACACGUCAGUGCUGCAGCGAGAAGCUCAGAGGAAACAGAAACGCGACCUGAUGCAAGAGAACCAGCAGCUGAGGAUUCUGCUGCGUCAGCACCUGGACGCCAUGAUGGUCAGCGACAGCGACAUCAACACACCCCACGCUCUGCUCAACGUGUACAGGGCCCCGGCCACAACGGCUCCCCAUGUCACCGACAGACGCCACAAUGUCAUCGAGGCUGUUUACGUCGUACAGCACUCACUGUGACAGUGUUACUGCAGAGCUGAGACGAGACUGGAUCAG